UAUCAAACAUCAAACAAAAGAAGAAUUGGCAAUUGCGAAUCAUUUCUGAUUUGUUUCCUUAUUGUUGCAACACAAAAUCAGAGAACAACAUCAACAAACAUGGAUCAAAUGGAUGUCGAUGUUGAGCUCUCGGCUAAACCGAGCACAUCCUCUGGUGCGGCUGCAGCUGCAUCUACCGCAGAUACAGCCACGAGCAGCAAUAGCAACAAGCAAGCGCAACCAAAGGGAAAUAUUAUGGCUGCAUCGGGCACAAUUGCAUCGGUGACGAUUUCCUUGCAUCCACUGGUCAUAAUGAAUAUAUCGGAGCAUUGGACACGCUUCCGCGCUCAGCACGGCGAGCCGCGCCAAGUCUACGGCGCACUAAUAGGCAAACAAAAGGGCCGCAAUAUCGAAGUGAUGAAUUCAUUCGAACUGAAAGCCGAUGAAAUUGCGGACGAGACAAUUAUCAACAAAGACUACUACAACAAAAAGGAGCAGCAAUACAAGCAGGUGUUCAGCGAUCUAGACUUCAUUGGCUGGUAUACAACGGGCGACAGUCCGACAGCCAGCGAUAUUAAGAUCCAGAAGCAAAUCGCCGAGAUCAAUGAAUGCCCCAUCAUGUUACAACUGAAUCCGUUGGCGCGCAGCGUUGACCAGCUGCCCGUCAAAUUGUUCGAAUCACUGAUCGAUCUGGUCGAUGGCGAGGCCACAAUGCUCUUUGUACCGCUCACCUAUACGCUGGCCACCGAGGAGGCCGAACGCAUCGGGGUCGAUCAUGUGGCCCGCAUGACCACCAAUGAGUCCGGGGAGAAGAGCGUUGUCGCCGAGCAUCUGGUUGCACAGGAUAGUGCCAUCAAAAUGUUAAAUGCACGCAUCAAAAUCGUGUUGCAAUACAUUAAGGAAGUGGAGGCGGGUAACCUAAAGCCAAACCAGGAGAUACUCCGCGAGGCAUAUGCGCUGUGCCAUCGUCUGCCCAUUAUGCAGGUGCCCGCCUUCCAGGAGGAGCUCUACACACAGUGCAACGAUGUCGGCUUGAUCAGCUAUCUGGGCACGUUGACCAAGGGCUGCAACGAUAUGCAUCAGUUUGUGAACAAAUUCAAUAUGCUCUACGAUCGGCAGGGUUCCUCGCGUCGCAUGCGUGGCCUCUAUCCCUAAGGCAGCCGACGUCGGACUCGUAUUUAUUUUAUAUAUAUAUCUAUAUUCAACAAUCGCUGCUGCGUAUUAAAUGUGUGAAAAUCAAAUACGAA